AUGGUGAUCGCAAUUUCCAAGCACUUUGGAUGGCUCAUCGACCAGCACGAUGUGGUGACGGCUUUCCUGUAUAGCUUCAUGAAGGAACAAGUGCUCUGUGUGAUUCCUGAAGGCGUUGAGCUUGAUAGUAAGUUCGACUGCCUGGAAUUGGUGAAGUCAAUUUGCGGCCUCAAGCAAGCGUCGCGAGUGUGGAAUGCGACAUUCGACGAGUUUGUGUACUCCAUUGGAUUUCAAGUAUCGGACUUCGACCCAUGUCUCUACAUCAAUACUUCGGAAGCUCACCCAAGUCGAGUGAUUGCACACACCAAGGAAGACCUGAAGACACGCUUCGAGAUGACUGAUAGCGGCAAGUGUGCAUUUGCUCUUGGGAUUGAGAUUCUGGACGGUGAAGACGGCAGUGUGUCUAUGUGUCAGCGCCGUUAUGUCAAUGAUAUCCUCAAGUGCUUUGGAAUGGAGGAGUGCAAGGCUGUGGCGAGUCCUGUGGAUGUCAGCUCUCGACUGAUGUCAAGCAACAGUGCGAGCAAGAUCGAUGUUCCAUUCCGUGAAGCUGUUGGUGCUUUGAUGCAUCUGACGACUACAACAAGACCGGACAUCGCCUAUGCUGUGAGCUUUGUGUCGCGCUUCACGGAAAAUCCCCAAGAAGAACACUGGGUUGCGGUCAAGCGCUUCUUUCGAUACCUGGAGAAUCCCCAAGACGAAUAA